AUAUCUACUCGAAAUGGGACAAGUGGUACAUCUGUACAUAGUCUAGAAUCAUAGAAAUUGCUAUGUCAUGUUACAACUACACAUACUGCAUAUGUCUUCUACAUAGAACACUAUGAUUAUAGCUGGGAGGAAACAAAAUAUGGCAAGCAUGAAUUCCUGGAUGUGGCUGGGGUUGGUGUUAUUUUUGGGUCUGAUCCCCUGGGUGUCAGGCAUGAAGGUUCUUCUCAUCCCUGCCCCAGCUGGGGGAAGCCAUCUCUCCUAUUUCACUGCAGUGGGAGAGGAACUUCUUGCCCAGGGACAUGAGGUUGGGUUAAUUGCAGAACCAUACUUAAAGGAUAAAAUACCAAUGAGUUUCAAAGAUGCAAGAUCACAGAUAUAUUACUGGAAAUCAAAUCUGACACCAGCAAAACUGUCAGAUGUGGCCUUAGGUCCGAAGGGGACAAAAAAUUCUCCUCUUGAAAAUCUUGUCAAUUGCGGAAAACUCAUGUUUGCGAACAUUAUUCCAUUCCUAGAAGAUGAAGAUAUAUUUGCAAAACUGAAGGAAGACAAUUAUGACAUUGCUAUAGUUGAUAUAUUUCCACCUGGAGUUUAUAUUUAUAUCAUUCCAUAUAAGUUAAAUAUUACAUUUUGUACACUAGCCACACCUUACAUAGCUGAGUUUAUGGGGUCUCCUGCACUUCCUUCAUUUACUCCCGAUGUUCUUGCAGGCUAUACUGAAGAGAUGACUCUACAUCAAAGAAUAAUGAACUUCAUUAAUACCUUGAUGUUUGGUAGCGUACUUAAAACUGCAUUUCAAUCAACUGAUGACUCUUUAGUUAGACGUUUCGUCCCUGAAAGACCCCCUAUAAGCAUUAUACCAGAUCUGCUAAAGCUGUCAGCCCGGUGGCUUAUCAAUACAGACCCCUUGAUUGAUUAUCACCGCCCAACAAUGUCAAAUAUUGUCAACGUGGGAGGCUUAACAAUCCAUCCUGCCAAACCACUCCCAAAACAGUUUGAAAAUUUUAUUUCAAAAUCAAGCGGAUUCAUAAUUGUAUCAUUUGGAUCCAUUGUAAAUUCAAUUGAAGAUGACAUUGCGGAGAAAAUGAAUAAAGCUUUUGGGAGCAUAACGUAUGAUGUUAUCUGGCGAUAUCCUGGAAAUAACACAAUGCCUCUCACUAACAAUGUAAUGAUAGCAAAAUGGCUUCCACAAUAUGAUCUUCUGGCAAACGCAAAAGCUAAACUUUUUAUCACUCAUUGCGGCAAUAAUGGUCAAUUUGAAGCAUUGCAACAUGGGAUACCUAUGCUCGGCAUGCCCUUUUUUGGAGAUCAGAAAUUCAACAGCAUGAGGAUGCAGUAUAAAGGAUAUGGUAUCCACAUGGAUGUACUUCAGUUUACAGCAGAUGAAUUCAAAAAUAACAUUAACAAAAUCAUAAGCAAUCCUGACUAUACAAAGAGGAUUAAAAAAGCAUCUUGGAUUUUUAAAUCCCAGGAAAAUCCUCGCAAACGUGGUGUAGCUGCGAUAAAACAUGUUGUGGAUUUUGGCUCGGACCACUUGAGGCCAAUCACAGUAGACAUGCCUCUUUGGAAAUUGUGGAUGCUGGACAUUUUUGCUUUAAUAACUGUUGGAAUACUCCUGGUAUUAAUAAUUGCUAAAUUAGUUCUCGGCUUUCUCUUUAGAAAAUUAUGGAAAUACUGCUUUCCAAUUGAUAAACCUAAGGAAGAUUA